AUUACUGGGCAUCACUAGCAAGGCAUUGCAAGGGGGACUGGGAGAGAGAGCAGCGGAGACACUGAUCCUCUGUCACUCCCUGCACAGGCACAACAUAGCAGAAGCUGAAGAAGGAGCAGCAUCCUACAUUGUGAUUUAAGGAGAUCCCAUCACCCUCCAGCAGACUGUGUGUUUCUUGCACGAUCAGGAGCAGAUAGUGGGAGAGGGAUUGUCUGCACUUUCCUAUCGGAAGGAUGUCAGUUCAGUGGGUGACAGCUGUUUUCUUCCUGGGUGUUGUCUGCAGUGUCCUCGCAGCUAAAGUCAACAAGCACAAACCUUGGAUUGAGACCUCAUACCAUGGAGUUAUCACUGAAAACAAUGACACAGUUAUACUGGAUCCACCUCUCGUCGCAUUGGACAAGGAUGCCCCAGUUCCGUUUGCAGGGGAAAUCUGUGCAUUUAAAAUCCAUGGCCCAGAUACACCUUUCGAAGCUGUUGUACUGAACAGGACAUCAGGGGAAGGUCGGCUCAGAGCGAAAGGACCUAUAGACUGUGAGCUGCAAAAGGAGUACACAUUCAUCAUCCAGGCGUAUGAUUGUGGGGCCAGUCCAAGUGGAGGAAACUGGAAGAAGUCACACAAGGCUGUGGUCCACAUCCAGGUUAAUGAUGUGAAUGAAUUUGCUCCUGUUUUUAAAGAAAACACUUACAGGGCAACAGUGACUGAGGGUAAAAUAUACGACAGCAUCUUGCAAGUGGAAGCAAUAGACGAGGACUGCUCUCCUCAAUACAGCCAGAUCUGCAAUUAUGAGAUUGUUACAAGUGAUAUACCAUUUGCUAUUGACAGAAAUGGUAACAUCAGGAACACAGAAAAGCUGAGCUAUGAUAAGCAGCCUCAGUACGAGAUUAAAGUCACUGCAUAUGACUGCGGCCAGAAGCAUGCAGCGGAAGAGGUCACUGUGAAAGUGGAUGUAAAGCCUGUGUGCAAACCCGGGUGGCAAGAUUGGGAGAAAAGGAUUGAAUACAACAUUGGUUCUGGAAGUGUUGCACUAUUUCCUAACAUCCACUUGGAGACGUGUGAUGGACCAGUAUCCUCAGUACGAACUAGUGUUGAACUGCAGACCAAUCAUAUUGGAAAAGGUUGUGAUCAUGAAUCAUACUCAGAUACAUCCUUGCAAAACUUGUGUGGAGCCUCAUCUGGUGUCAUUGACCUACUCCCAACACCCAGUGCUGCCACCAACUGGACAGCUGGUCUGCCUAUGGACAACAGUGGAAUGAUCUUCAAGUUUGAUGGCAAACAAGGAGUGAAGAUCCCAGAUGCCAUUGUUCCAAAGAAUUUGACUGACCAGUUUACUAUCACCAUGUGGAUGAAGCAUGGUCCCAGCCCAGGGUUAAGAGCAGAGAAGGAGACAAUACUAUGCAAUUCUGACAAGACAGAAAUGAACCGCCAUCACUAUGCAUUGUACGUACACAACUGCCGUCUUGUUUUCCUGUUACGCCGUGAUUUUGACCAGGCUGACACGUUUAGACCUGCUGAGUUUCAUUGGAAAUUAGAUCAGAUUUGUGAUAAAGAAUGGCAUUACUAUGUCAUCAACAUAGACUUUCCUCUCGUAACAUUAUACAUGGAUGGAUCAACAUAUGAGCCAUAUCUGGUGACAAAUGACUGGCCAAUUCAUCCAUCCCACAUUGCAAUGCAGCUGACUGUGGGCGCUUGUUGGCAAGGAGGGGAAAUCACCAAACCCAAAUUUGCCCAGUAUUUUCAUGGGAGCAUAGCUGGACUUACCCUACGUCCUGGCAAAAUAGAUAGCCAAAACAUUAUUUCCUGCUGGCAGGCCUGCAGAGAAGGACUGGACAUCACUUCACUGGAAAACCUAGGACAAGGUAUAAAGUACCAUUUCAACCCUUUACAGUCUGUACUGAUAAUGGAAGGUGAGGAUAUUGACAGCAUUAACCAAGCUCUAAGGAAAGUUUCAUAUAUCAACUCACGGCAGUUUCCAAACACUGGCAAAAGACGACUGAGGGUGUCUUCCAAAGUCCAAUGCUUUGGAGAAGAUAUCUGUAUCACCAUUCCAGACAUGGAAGCAUAUGUUGUGGUUCUCCAGGCCAAUGAACCCAAGAUCACAGUCACUGGAAUGGAUCACUUUGCUCGGCCAGCCUCAGAAUUUGAGAAUGCAAAUGGUGUGAUUUUGCUUCCAGAUAUAAGAAUCAUCAGCACAGUCAGUAAAAUGGAAAAAUAUUUGGAUAAGAACUCUGGCAAAUUGGAGGAAACUCUACAUCAUUUGGAUUUCUGUGACGUCUUCAUUAUGGGAGAUGAGCUGAACACCAAACAAGAAUGUCUGGAGCUGGAUCGCAAUGCUCUGCAAGGGAAACAUCUUGAUGCUACCAAUUCGACCAAGGGCUAUUCAAUCUAUGGUAUAGACUCAAUGAAAAAUUACGAAGAAGUCCUUCAACAAAUACGCUAUCGUCACUGGGAUUCUGCUGCUAUCUUUGGCCGGAAGUUCAAAGUCAAGUGCUCUGAAUUAAAUGGACGCUAUACGAGUAAUGAAUUUAAUCUUGAGGUUAACAUUUUGCACAAUUCCAAUUAUAUGGAGCAUGUAAACCACAUGGUGAUUCAGCCGCAGUUCAUGCCAUCUCUUCAGAAUCCAAACACUGAAGUUAAUAUCAAAUUGUUUUUAGUCUCUCCAGGUGCUACAACAAUUGUCCUUGUGGCUUGUAUCAGCAUUUUGGUGAUUAUUGUUGUACUGGGAAUCUUCAGAUUACGGGCAGUUCACCAACAUGACUUUCCAGAAAGAGAGACAGCGAAGGAAACAGAGAUGGACUGGGAUGACUCUGCUUUAACUAUCACAGUUAACCCAAUGGAGGUAUAUGUUGGUGAAAGUGAAGAAGAAGAAGAGGUAGAAGAUGAAGAUGAUGAUGAAGAGGAGGAAGAAGAGAGCACAAGUGGUGAAUCUGAGGACAGCGGUGAGGAGGAUGUGGACAACCAGGCAAAUUUAAAGCAGCACAGUGUGGCACGAAGAGGGCACUUGGAAUGGAAACAGUUAACACUUACAUACUAAUACUUUCUUCUUCCUAUUCUUCCUUUUGUAAACACAAAUAUUAUUUAUUUCAGAGGCAACUUAUCUAAAGUGGACAUGUCAUCUACACACCCUGGAGGCCACCAUUUUGUAAACUGAACUAAUUUUCAGCCUAUCAAUUCACUAGGAACUAGUGAUAUCAUUAAGGGCUGAAGCACCAUUGUGGCAGCCUCCAUUGUAUGACUGUGUGUAGGUGACAUGUUAGCUCUAAAGACCCUGGAUUCAGUGACAGGAUUAUGAACUACUGCUAGGAUGUUGUACAUUGCCUACAACAGUCUUCACAAAACAUUGAGCUAUCCAU